AUGGCUUUUGCCAGGUUUGUGCUAUCAUGUACCGCGCUUCUGGGAUGGCUGGCGCGGGGCAUCAUGGAUCCGGACGAGCAGGAGAAGAGGCUGGCAUGGAAAUACCUCGACUGUUCCAACCUGGUCGACGAGCGCGACCGGCGCGUCGACUGGCCGUGGUUCCGCCAGCACUUGCUGCAGACUCCGUACCCAGACAACAUGGAUGCAGUUUUCACCGUGUUGAACAACCUGGGUACGGGCAGCAGCAACCACUACGACGAGGAGGCACGCGUGUGCCUCAUGGGCGUGCCGGCUGCAUUUUUCUAUCUCACUCGCUUCACGCUGGACACGAUGGAGCGGGACGCAGAUGGCCGUGCCGUUGAUGCAGAGACCGUCAAGAAGGCGACCCUGCAGUACUCGGUUUUUGAGAACUACAUCUCGGCCCUCCAUCCAGGACUGAAGUUCAAGAUCCUGACCCCUGCAGGUUGCGCAGCUGCUGGAGAAAAUGGAGUACGUGGAGGGGAGGCUCGCUGGGCUCUGGACUCUGAUCCCCAAGCCGAGCUUUCCUUCAGCCACACUUCGACCAAGCUGCCGUUUCGCACCGACUGGGGCUUUUUCAAAGGGUUGAAGUCUAGUGAAGUUCUCAAAGAGACGGCAGCCUACGAUUGUGCUGCCAGGCUGCUGGAUGGCUUCCUGCUGCUUGCAGCCGGCGGUUCUGGACAACCCGAGGGGGUCGGGAAGCUGACAGCCAUGUGCACCCCGGGUGUCAUGAAGCCAUUUGCCCUGGUGAUCACCGUGAAUCUGUCCUCUUUGCAGAUCGUGGACAUCGCCGAAGAGGACUUGUCCUUCUUCACCCACCUCGACAGGGUGGACCUUAGCGACAAUCAGCUGGGCUACGAGCACCUUCUCGAGCAAAUCGCUCGGUUCCCGCGAUUGGGCACUUUAAACCUGGCCUGCAACUCCAUCACCUCGCUGCAGGUGGGAGCCGGGAUCCUGCAGAGUUUGGAGGUGCUGGACCUCUCUUUCAACGGUCUGCAUGGAGAUGUUCUUGGCCAGCUUGCCAGGCUCCCGAGCCUGGUCUGGCUGAACUUGGCCUCGAACUGCAUCUCCUCGCUGCCGCCGGAAGCGGAACUCGUCGGCCUCCAGGCACUCGAGGAGCUUAUCCUGGACUCCAAUGACCUAGUGCAAUUCAUGCAGUGGCGAUCAUUGGAUGCUGUCCCGCACCUGCGCAAGCUGUCCUUGAUGUCCAACCGGGUCAAGCGCUUGAAGGAUGAUGCGCCGGACACGGCCAGCGGGACGACGCUGUGCUACUUCCCCUACCUGGAGGAGUUGGAUCUGUCUUCAAACGAAAUUACGGGUGUGUCAAGCCUACCAGUCAUCCAGCUAUUUCAGAGCUUGAGAGUGCUGCGACUCAGCGACAACCCAUGUACACGUGGCGGCAGCGCGACCGUUCCUUCGGUUCCAAAUGUCGCUGUUGUCAGCGAGGACAUCAAGCCCUUCUACAUGAAAGGAAAUGGCUGCUUUGCCAAGGCUGAGAAGAUUCCCGGUGUAAAGUUGAAGAUGAACAGCCGCAAAAUGAAGAAAGUCCGGGACGUCCGCACCUCCGGCCCUUUCAGCCGGCCGAGAAGCAUGUCCCAGCUGGGCGAGCUCGACGAGGAGGCCAAUGCCCUGGUGGUUCAGUGGUCAGGUGCAAUGGCCAUGAACGCACGCGCCGCGUCCGCCCCCGCAACGACGGCGCCGGUGGCAGAACACUUGGGCAUCUCCGACGGCAUCCUCAGUGACGACCUCACCGAGCAAGAGCUGGAUCAGAUCUUCCGGGAGCGGAAACAGACCAUAGAAAACAGGUUCGAGGAGCCCGUGGAGGAGCCUUUGUCCUUCAUGAAGGAGCCCGAGGAUGCUGCCACCAAGGAGAAGCUGGCGCAGCUUAUGAAGCAAAUGCGGCAGCAGGAAGAGGAGCAGUCCGGCGCGAGCCCAGGCGCGAGCCAAACUCCCAAGGCACGUCCCGCGUGCAUUCUAGCUGCAGUUUGGGAAUCGUGA